CGAAAGCAACAUUUCCAUCUGGCAACACUGUGUUACGUGUGCGUGUGUUUUCGGCUUCCUCGCUUCCUUCUCGUUCUCGUUUCCUUCCUCCUUGAUUCCGAUUCCGAGUGUUGUUGCAUUUUGCAUCGAGUGCAGUGAUUGUGCGUUGCAGCAACAUCCAAAAUAUCCAAAGAGGCGAGACUUCAAAGCGAAUACACCGCGUGCAGCAACACACGCACACACACAUGCACACACGGCCAUUAUCGCAAAGGCAGCAGCAGCAGCAACAACAACAACGGCAGCUCUAACGCGUUGAAAACACUUAUUGCGGAGUAUUUUUUUUUUUCGCUGCAUUUGCUGACUGGCUGGCCGCACAAUCGUUCUGUUUUCGCUGACGGCUCGAAAAAAGGAGAAUUCUUUCUCGAAAAUAAGGAAAAAACAACAGCGGCAGCAACGACAAAACAAACAAAAGGGCGAAAAACGCGUGUGUGCUUAUUUUUUGUGGUUAACGGUUAACAACAGCCAGAAUUGGAGUGACAAACGAAAACAACAACAAGAACAGUUAGCAAUUGGAGCUUCGAAAUGACGUCGAAAAAAAGAAAAACCCUGUUGGACGCCGAUGACGACGAUGAUAAUUUCGAAGAGGACGAUUCGGGCUCCGAUUUCGACGAUGACGAGGAUCCAGAUCAAAUAGAAGUGCCCGGAGGUGGUCGCGAUCUGAAUACCGCCGUUACCUACGCCCAAAAUAUCCGCAGCGGAGUGGGCGUGGCUACCAAGGGCGGUACACCCAUUCCCAUACCCACAGGCGCCAAAAUUGUUAUAAGCAAUAACAAUAUCAAGCCAAUUUCGUUGUUGCGCAUCAACAACAAUAAUAACAAUAACAACAAUAUAAUUACCAGCGUUAAUAGUACAACAAACAGCAACGGCAGCAACAACAACAACACAGCCGUGCGUCAGAUAAUCACAACAACAGCAACAAAACCAACCAUAGUGGGCGGCACGUCAACGGUUGGAGGCGUGGCACUGGGCGGAAAGAUCACAGCGAUACCGAUAAUACCCAGAAAAGUAGCGAUAGAGAAUAAUUUAAACAAUAUGCCAAAGAAACUGAAUAACGCAAUAACGGCCAUGGGCAGUCCAGCGGCCAGGAGCAGCGGCAAUGCCGGGAUGACUGGUGGUGGGUCGUCCGCUGCUGGCGCCGCUGGGUCCACCAGCAGCUAUUUGAACAGCCUCAGCACCAACGAACUGAUGAACCUGGCCGCCUACGUGGCCGCCAAGGGUAGCAGCGCCCCGCCGCCUCCGCCGCCGUCCACGGCCGCCAAUUCGGUGAGGAGCUCGCCCCCCGGUGGCCACUUCUUUGGCGGAGGAGCGGCGGCCUCCACUUCAGCCUCUGCUGCUAAUUUCAAUAUGGCCGCGUCUUUAUUGGCGCAGAUGAGUUAUGCGGGCGGAGUUCAGCCCAUUCGCGCCUUCAAGAUGGCCGGAAAUGCAGGAGGAGGAAUCGUUGGCAACAAUCAGAAGCCUCCGAUGGCCACGACCGCAGGAAGCGGAGGAGGAGCAGCAGGAGGAGCAAGUGCAGCCGGAGGCGGAGUGAAGGGCAACAACUCGAUGAUGGAGGCCGUCCAGAAGCUGAUCGCCAUGAAUCCCGAAUACCUGACCAGCGGCAUACCGAACAAUGUAUUCCAGCUGUUCAUGCAGUCGAUGCAGCAGCAGCGUCCCCAGGCGCCACCUGCUCCCAUGCAGCCGGUGGUCACCAGCGCAGCAGCAGCAGCGGCGGCAGCGGCAGCGGCGGCCCACGCUUCGGCGGCAGCCUAUGUGCAGCAGGAGGAGGACGAGGUGGACUACGAGGAGAUGGGAGUGGCCGAGACCUAUGCGGAUUACUGGCCAGCCAAGUUGAAACUGGGCAAGAAGCACCCGGAUGCCGUCGUGGAGACCGCCUCCCUGAGCUCCGUGGAGCCCUGCGACGUCUACUACAAGCUGUCGCUGCCCCACGAGACGAUAAACAGCGGCCACCUGAGCGCCCUGCAGCUGGAGUCCAUCACCUACGCCUCGCAGGCGCACGAUCACCUGCUGCCGGACGGCAGUCGGGCGGGCUUCCUCAUCGGCGACGGAGCCGGCGUGGGCAAGGGCCGCACCAUUGCCGGGAUCAUCUACGAGAACUACCUGAAGGGGCGCAAGAAGGCGCUGUGGAUAUCGGUGUCCAAUGAUCUCAAGUACGAUGCCGAGCGGGAUCUCAGCGAUAUCGGGGCCACGCGCAUCGAUGUGCAUGCCCUGAACAAGUUCAAGUACGCCAAGAUCAGCUCCGACGUGAACAACAACUGCAAGCGGGGCGUGAUCUUCAGCACAUAUUCCGCCCUGAUCGGCGAGUCGAACAACAAGACGGGCAAGUACCGAUCCCGCUUCCGGCAGCUGCUGCAGUGGUGCGGCGAGGACUUCGAGGGCCUGAUCAUCUUCGACGAGUGCCACAAGGCCAAGAACCUGUGUCCCGUGGGCUCCGGCAAGCCUACGAAGACGGGCCAGACGGUCCUCGAGCUGCAGAACAAGCUGCCCAAGGCGCGCGUGGUCUAUGCCUCGGCGACGGGCGCCUCGGAGCCCAAGAAUAUGGCCUAUAUGGUGCGACUGGGCCUCUGGGGACAGGGCACGGCCUUUGGCAACUUCAACGACUUCAUCACCGCCGUAGAGAGACGCGGCGUGGGCGCCAUGGAGAUCGUGGCCAUGGACAUGAAGCUGCGCGGCAUGUACAUCGCCCGCCAGCUGAGCUUCAAGGGCGUCAGCUUCAAGAUCGAGGAGGUGCCGCUGUCCAAGGAGUUCCGCAAGAUCUACGACCAGUCGGUGGAGCUCUGGGUGGAGGCCAUGCAGAAGUUCACCGAGGCGGCCGAGCUGAUCGAUGCCGAGAGCCGCAUGAAGAAGACGAUGUGGGGCCAGUUCUGGUCGUCGCACCAGCGCUUCUUCAAGUACCUCUGCAUAGCGGCCAAGGUCAAUCACGCGGUGCUGGUGGCCCGCGAGUCCAUCAAGUACGGCAAGUGCGUGGUCAUCGGUCUGCAGUCGACGGGCGAGGCGCGCACGCUGGAUCAGCUGGAGAAGGACGAUGGCGAGCUGACGGACUUUGUUUCCACAGCAAAAGGCGUCUUCCAGUCGUUCGUGGAGCGCCACUUUCCGGCGCCCGAUCGCAAUCGCAUCAAUCGCAUUCUUGGCCUCUACGACGAGACGCCCUCCCUGGCCGAUUCCACCUCCAGUCUGGGAAACAAUAGCCAGAGCACAACGGCGGCGGGCAAGCGGAAGGGCAGCAGCAACAACAAUGACAACGGCUCCUCGGCGGGCGGCAAGAGCAAGAAAAAGAAGCGCAGCGGAUCCUGGCAGUACAGCGACAGCGACGACGACGACGAGGGCAGCAAGCGGAAUCGGAAUCGAAACAGCGACAGCGACGAGGCAAACAGCGAUGAUGAUGACCUGCGCAGUGAUAUGGACGACGAGGACGAGGACGAUGAGGAUCAGGACGUGGACAGCGAUCGGCGGAGCGUGGCCAGCGAUGCCAGUUCCGAUUUCAAUCCCUUCUUCAGCGGCAGCGACAGCGACAUUGAUCCCUGGGUGAAUGCGCGCAGCAAGAAGUCCACCAAGAAGACGCAGAAGAAGACCAAGAAGAAGGUGAAGAAGGAGAAGGAGAAGGGCAAGAAGGAGCUGGCCAGCAGCUCGUCGGCCUCCUCCUCGACUGCCAACGAUCCGAGUGGCAGUACGACGAUGUCGGCCACCGUGGUGGCCGCUCUGAAUGCGGCUAAGAACCGCAAGGCGCAGCUGUCGACGCAGGACAAGAUCCAGGAUCUGCUGCAGAAGAAGCAGGAGCUCAAGGGCACGGUGACGCCGGUGGGCGUGAACGGGGUCAAGCUGAACUACGGGCCGCCGCCCAAGGAUGCCAUCGAGCGGGCCUGCACGAUGAAGGAGGAGCUGCUGCGAAAGAUUGAGCGUCUGGGCUCCCGGCUGCCGCCGAACACCUUGGACCAGCUGAUCGACGAGCUGGGCGGACCGGACAACGUGGCCGAGAUGACGGGCCGAAGGGGUCGCGUGGUGCAGACCGACGAUGGAAACAUCCAGUACGAGUCGCGAACCGAGUCGGAUGUGCCGCUGGAAACGCUGAAUAUCACGGAGAAGCAGCGCUUCAUGGACGGCCAGAAGGACGUGGCCAUUAUCUCGGAGGCGGCGUCCAGCGGCAUUUCGCUGCAGAGCGAUCGGCGGGUCUUCAACCAGCGGCGGCGCGUCCACAUCACCCUGGAGCUGCCCUGGUCCGCCGACAGGGCCAUCCAGCAGUUUGGACGCACCCAUCGCUCCAAUCAGGUGAAUGCACCCGAGUACAUCUUCCUCAUCUCGGAUCUGGCUGGCGAACGGCGCUUCGCCUCCACGGUGGCCAAGCGCCUGGAGUCGCUGGGCGCCCUCACCCACGGCGAUCGCCGGGCCACCGAGACGCGCGAUCUCUCCCAGUUCAACAUUGACAACAAGUACGGCCGGCAAGCUCUCGAGACGGUGAUGCGCACCAUCAUGGGCUACGAGUCGCCGCUGGUGCCGCCGCCCACGGACUACAGCGGCGAGUUCUUCAAGGACAUCGCUGGAGCUCUGGUCGGCGUGGGCAUAAUCGUGAACAGCGAGAGCCAUCCGGGCGUGCUCAGUCUGGACAAGGACUACAACAACAUAUCAAAGUUUCUCAAUCGCAUUCUCGGUUGUCCGGUGGAUUUGCAGAAUCGCCUGUUUAAGUACUUCACCGACACCAUGACGGCCAUCAUCCAGCAGGCGAAGCGCGGCGGUCGCUUCGAUCUGGGCAUAGUGGAUCUUGGCGCUGCCGGCGAGAAUGUGACCCGCUGCCGGCUCAUUCGGUUCGUGCGCAAACAUGCCACCGGCGUGGCGCCCACAGAGAUGCACACGGUUCGCGUGGAGCGCGGCAUGAUCUGGCAGGAGGCCAUUGAUAAAUACGCCGAUCUGUUCAACGAGAACGAGGGCUUCUACCUGUCCCACCAGCUGCGCAACCAGAAGCGAACCGCCAUUAUGGUGGUGAUCCUGGAGCACCAGCCAGCGCGCAACAGCAGCUCGACGAGCAGCACCACCACCGAUUCCGAUGGCGGCAAGAAGAAGAAGUCGCGCAGCAAAAAGGAGAUCAUGUGCCAGAUCUACAGGCCAAACACCGGUCUUCAGGUGCGCCACGAGUCGCUGUUCGAGCUGGAGAAGAAGUACCGCAAGGUGGGCAGCGAGGAGGCGGAGCCCCACUGGACGGAGCAGUACGAUGCGUCGGUGAACACCUGUUCGCACGCCUACUGGAACGGCAACUGCCGGAAUGUCAGCCUGGGCAACGAUUGUGAGGUCGGCUUGAGGCAGCGCCUGUACCAUGUGCUGGCCGGCUCCGUGCUCUCCGUGUGGGGACGCGUCGAGCACAUACUGAAUACACGUUCCAAUAGCAAGAUGCAAGUGAUACGCAUGAAGACAACCGGGGACGAGAAGAUCGUGGGCACUCUGAUACCCAAGUCCUGCUUCGAGCCGUUGGUGGCCGACCUGCGCAGCGACUCGGAGAAGCAGGAGGAGUUCAACUACUGAGUUGGAGUGGCAGUUGUGUGAUUUAGUUAUGGCUUAUGGCUACACCCUUGAGACCGCAAUCCAAUACCCCUUCCGCAUCUUCCAAACUUCUCAACCGAGGCCAAGCAAUAUUUGAAUCCACAGCGGAUGGUAGGAGGGUAGGAUGCUAGGAUGCUAGGAUGGUAGGGAGCACGAUAGGCUUUAACAUAAUAUAUUUAAAUAUAUUAUAAUAUAAAUAUAAAUACUACGAUAUAGAUAAACCUAACUUAAAUACAUAGCGUAUGUGUAGAAGGACGUGAAGUAGUAGGGCUCCCGGACAGCAGCAACACAAUUUUUUUUGCCUUAAUUUUAAAUAGACUUAACCAUGUACCACCACCCCAUCCAUGAUAUAAAUCAGACUUUGGCUCGUCAUAGCUCAUAAAGAACCACACUCACAUACCGACAUAACGACACCCGCGCAACGGAAAUACGAUGAUAUAUAGAGAACGAAAUGAAAAACGCUUAUAAAUGGACUUUUCUCAAUGAUUUAAAGAUUAAUUUUAGUUACGCCCUAAGUUACACACACACACAAUAAACCGCCACAUUUUGUAAACUAUUUAUUAUUAUUACUAUAUAUAUAAAUACGUUUUUUUUAAUUGUUUUUAAUCUAACGUUUUUAAGGUCCCUUCGAUGGCUGCAGCGCAGCGCAGCAAAGCGAAAACCAACCCCCCUUCCCAAGCUAAGGCAUUUUUUUUAAUCAAACAAAAAUUGUAAUUAUAUACUUACUUGUAAUGACUAAUCUUAAGUUGAACCAACAGACAUUGAGAGGCAUCUGAAGAUAGGAGAAGAUAAGAGGUCGCGAAAUCUGAAUUGUGCACGCAUACGUACAAUUAAUAAAUAUAAAUGUGCGGAUUAA